GUCAACAUCUCGUUGCCAAACUGGCUCUAAAUGGACUAGCAGCUUGGAACAUUAGUAUGCACUGCCUUCGGCUCGCAACUUGCAAGGCUCUGCCCAUCGCCGCUCAGCGUGAUCACCGUUACUGGGUACAGUGGAUCACUGAUGCGAUAAUUGGUAUUUGUGGAGGAGAGUAAAACACGCGGGCUAUAUGAUAUAACAUCAAGAUCAAACCGUUAACGUUCCGGUCAAUCUCAAGUCUCAACACCCCUUCCUCCUCUCAUGAUAUCGUCUUUCUAAUGUAUACCACUGAAUCGGAAGCGCAGCAAGCGUUGGUGCAAUUGUACACCCUUUUCGUGGCAAUCAGUAUCCUGCUAUACGACCACAUGGCAACCCUCCCAGAAGAAAUCAUGAUUAUCUGGUGUCGUCCAAAGGCAACGUUUGCAGUGUUAUUUCUCGUCAAUCGCUAUAUCGCCGUGCUCAGCAAUAUCCUUGACUUAAUGAGCACGUUCCUACCCGUUUCAAUUGAGAGGUUUCAACUUUGCUUCUUCAAUAUCUACUAUCUUACUCAUCAAAGACUCAGCUGUAGGAAAUUUGUGGUGGCCGUAUACGCAUUACGUAUUUUCCAACAAGUCUUCAUUUGCUUCACAUUGACUCUUCGCACUUAUGCUCUCUACGGGUGCCGCAGGCACCUGCCUAUAUGGAUGGGGAUUAUCGUCCUUGCUGUUGUGACAGGAAUACUCUUAGUGGGAGUUUUUAGAUAUAAUUUGGUAAAUGGUGGGAUCGGCGGUGGCAGCUGCUAUAAAAUAUACACAACAUCGGUAUCUAUCCGUUAUGGGAUAGCUUGGAUAGUAAUGUUUAUCUACGAAUUACUCAUCUUUAUCCUCACAGUUUCUAGGACUUGGAAAACUAGGGGAUUGCGGCGGUUCUCCCUCAUAUCCAGGAGAGAUAUCCUUGAUGUCAUAUUCCACGAUGGUGUGAUGUACUUUGCAGGGAUGACAUUAGUCAAUUUACCCAACAUUCUGACGUACUUCUGUGGCCCAGAAAUCCUCAGAGGCAGCCUUAGUGCAUUUACUACUUGCCUUUUCAUUUUACAUACACGAACACUCCUCCUACCAUGCGUCAUACACGUUUCCUAUUGACUCUCCGUCCCAAUCAAACGUAUUAAUUCCUCCUCUCGUCGAACAAUCUCCCUCAGUCUUUUUGAACCAAGACUGAGGUGAGCUAUCUUAUUGACAUCCCUACUCUACUCUUACUAACUACUACUCUACUAGUUCUGUUCUCGCCCUUAGGUAUGGUCCAUAGUUACCCUAUAGUCUUUUUGAACCAAGACUGAGUU